UUGCGCGUCAGAGUUGGGCAUUACUCUCUGAGAACCAGUAUCUCCUUUUUACUCAGUCCCUGGGCUUUUUAAAAAAGAGAAGCCUGGAAGCUUCAAUGUUGGAUGCCGCCGUGCUAUGACAACGUCACUGCUCCUCCGUCCGCGCUGGGUCGACCCGUCGGUGAUGUUCCUCUACGACAACGGCGGAGGCUCCGACGACCAAGUGACCAAGAACAUGGAGGGUUUCGCUGGUGGCAACUUUGCAGCGAACCAGUGCAGGAAUCUGAUGGCGCACCCGGCGUCCCUUGCACCAAGCUCGGCUUACUCGUCCAGUGAAGUGCCCAGCUCCGGUAUGGGUGAACCAGUGAAACAGUGCAGCCCUUGCUCUGCAGCUCAGAACUCCUCCAGUGCGUCUUUACCAUAUGGGUACUUCGGUAGCGGCUAUUAUCCGUGCAGGAUGUCGCAUCACAGCAGCAUAAAGUCAUGCGGAGCUCAGCCAGCUUCUGCGUAUGGAGAGAAAUACAUGGACACGUCCGCCUCCUCGGGCGAUGACUUCACCUCCAGGGCAAAGGAAUUCGCUUUUUACCCUGGCUACCCUUCAGGGCCAUACCAACCUGUGCCCAGUUACCUGGAUGUCCCAGGGGUACCAACUCUCAGUCAGUCGGAAGCCAGACAUGAGACGCUUCUGCCUAUGGAGAGCUACCAGCCGUGGACUCUAGCCGCCGCCAAUGGCUGGAACGGCCAGGUUUACUGCGCCAAGGAGCAGCCACAGCCUGGACACAUGUGGAAGUCCUCCAUACCAGACUCGGUGUCCCACACCGGAGGAGAGCCUGGCUCUUAUCGACGUGGAAGAAAGAAGCGCGUGCCAUACACCAAGGUGCAACUGAAGGAACUCGAGCGCGAGUACGGCGCAAAUAAAUUUAUCACGAAGGACAAAAGGAGGAGGAUAUCUGCCGGGACCAACCUGUCCGAGAGGCAGGUCACGAUAUGGUUUCAGAACAGACGCGUAAAGGAGAAGAAAGUUGUCAACAAAUUGAAACCCAUCAGCUAGUUGUUCUUUUUUACGGACUAUAUAGGCUGAUCUGUGGGAAAUAAACUACUAAGCCUACACACACAUAGACACACACACACACACACACACACACACACACACACACGUACACACACACGUACACACAUACACAUACACACACACGUUUGGACUCAUGGAUUGGAACAAUUCCUUCCUGACUGAAUAUGAUUUAUUUGUAUGUUGCCAAAUAAUUUUCUGGAGCUUCUUGGAACAAAAUUUGAGGCCUCUUAAUGCUGGACACGCCCCACCACUUGUUGUUAAAUAUCCUGUUGUUUUAAGGAGUCAAGUGGGCAAAAAAAGAGAAAAUAUAUAGCAGUCAGUAUUUGUGACUUUUGUUUUUGGCAUGCUGACUCCAAACACAGGAAAAGAAGUGACCCCAUGCAUCAGAAAGGUGUGCGCCACCGAGCUACGCCUUUAUCUGCAACUUUUUAACGACAGUGAUAAAAAAUGCGAAGAUUCACAGGGAAGUGACGGAUUUGGACCUUGGGAAUGUUAAAUAUUAAUCCCUUCUGGCUUCCUUUCUUUUUUCUUUUUUUUUUUUUUUAAACCUACUCACAUGCUUAGCUUGUAUGAAGUUUAGUCUUAUCAUAUGAACCCGUGCUCUCAUUCAGUCCAUGGUGCAAUUCUUAUUAUAAUAAUGCUUAGAUAAUCGUUCGGGAUAUGUGUUCAUAUCGAUCAUAGCUUUUUUUUAUAAAUGUGUGCGUAUUCAUGUGGUUGUAUAUAAAGUAAAUUCCGGCAUGAUAUCCAGGUUAUUUGUGUAUGUGAGUCCAGUUUGUCGGUGUUUAAAGUCCUGUCCCAAUAAAAUAUGGACUUGGUUGAA